AUGGAGAGGAGUUACGUGUCCGUGCUCUUGCUGCUCAUCGUCAUCUCCUGUGCUCUGGCAAAGGAUGUGGGCAAGAAGGAUUCAAAGGACACUACCGCGAAGCCAAAACUGCCUCAGACACUCUCCAGAGGCUGGGGAGAUCAGCUCAUCUGGACACAGACCUACGAGGAGGCGCUUUUCCGCUCCAAGCACAGCCAGAAACCCCUGAUGAUCAUCCACCACUUGGAAGACUGCCCACACAGCCAAGCCCUCAAGAAGGUCUUUGCUGAACACAAAGACAUACAGAAACUGGCUGAAAAAUUCAUUCUCCUGAACCUUGUGUAUGAAACCACAGACAAGAACCUUGCACCUGAUGGCCAGUAUGUCCCUCGGGUUUUGUUCAUAGAUCCUUCCCUGACUGUGAGAGCAGAUAUUACUGGAAGAUACUCAAACCGUCUCUAUGCAUAUGAGCCGUCUGAUAUUUCACUGUUGUAUUCAAAUAUGCAGAAAGCGCUGAAGCUCCUGAAGACCGAGCUGUAA